AUGGUUGAUUUUGCUAAUAUUUUUUUCAAGGACCGCUGCGGGGAUUUGGGUUAUGGGUUUGAGAUCUUGGAGCAGAUGGAGGAGGAGAGGGGCGGGAGAUGCGGGCCGAAUGUUGUGAGCUAUACCUGUUUGAUGAGAUGCUUGUGUGAGAGCGGGAGGUUGGAGGAGGCUCUUGGGGUGCUCGAUAGGAUGGGACUGAAUGGGGUUGAGCCGAACAGGGUUACGCUGAGGACUUUGCUUAAAGGGUUUUGUGAUAAAGGGAGGGUUGAUGAGGCUUAUAGGAUUGUCGAGAGCAUGGUCGGGAAAGAGAGGGGGAUUUCAAGCAGGGAGUGUUAUAGCGUGCUUGUCGUCUGUUUGUUGAGAGCUGGGGAUUGGGAGGGGGCUCAAGGGCUUUUCGGGAGGAUGUUGGAGAGAGGAGUUAGGCCCGAUGGGGUGGCUUGUAAUUCGGUGAUGAGGGAGAUUUGUAAGAGGAGGUGUUUUUUGGAUGGGUAUAAUUGGAUUGGGGUUUUGGAGGAGAAGGGGGCGAGUUUUGUUGAUUCGGAUGUUUAUUCUUGUCUGUUGGCUGGGCUUUGUGAGGAAGGACAUAUGGUCGAGGCUGUGAAGUUGGGGAGAAAGAUUGUUGAGAAUGGGGUUAGGAUAGAGGAUGCUUGUGGUGAUUGCAUAGUGGAGGCAAUGGAGAAGGUUGGGGAGUGCCAUUUAGCUUCAGAAAUAUUGAGAAUGAAGGAGGAAAAUAAGAGCGAGUUGAUUGAGGAAAAUUGAAUGCAAUAGAGGCCAUCAAACUUAGAUUUUUUCCAGGGAGAGAAAGGAAGAUCCAAGUUGUUGUUCAUUGGUCCCUCCCAACUCUGGUACUAUGAGGUUGAAGACAUGAGGAUUUGGAUUAGAAAUAACCCAUUGCAGAGGUAUUGCUACCCUCGAGAUCUAGAAGGUAUACAUACGGCUUGAAAUUCUAAUGGAGUUUUUUUUAAAAAAAAGAGGGGAAUGUGUCAUUAUUUAAUUCUCGUUCCCCUAAAACUACUGCUUGGCUAAUUUAUGAUUUGUUGUGGAAAAAACCAUCAUAUUGUCACUACUGAACAAAUUGGAUGAAUAAAACUUUGAACUAUUGGAACCGAAGUGAUAAGAAUAUUUAAAUUACUAGUAAUCUUUCAUAUAGAAUAGAUGUGUAUGUUGCUCGCCCUGAACAUCUUGUUGCUCCUCUUUUGCAAAUCACAUUUAUAUACAACUUAUUGUUGACAGGGGGAAAAAAUCAAAGUUAUUGCUUUGAAGUAUGUUCCUCUGCUGAGGAUGAAGAUACCUAUAUCUUCCCAUCCUCCAAUUUCCCCAUUAAAUGACUAGUUCUCUUCUUGGUCACAACUCUCACGUUGUUAUUUUUAAUGCUGAUUGUUGCAGCCUUAGUAAGUUUGUAGUUGCGUGCUGUCAAUGUUUAUAGUGGUCCUCGUAUGUCAUGUGCGAAUAUUAUCAUAACCAUUAUUUGUUUUCAUUAAUUAUAUGAGUACUCAUAAGAUAAGUAGGCAAAUAAGACAAUUUACAGAAUUUUUUGCUAGUUUGUAGCUCUGUAAUUAUUGUCUUUAGUUUAUUGUUUUUUUAAAUAAAAUAAAUUGAUGUAUCUCUAUAGUAUGUUCAGAAUGUCAAAAAAAUAGCUAGUAGGAAACAUCCAAAGUUCCAACUUGAAUGUUGAUUGCAAAAGUUCCACUGCCUCUGAUUCAGUUGUUUUCUUAACUUUCAUUCAUCUCCAUGUUGGUCGAUAUUUUAUAGUUUCAAGCAUAACUCAGUUUUAUACCAUAAAAUGUGGAGUUUUGUCAACCAUAAUAUGGUCCCCUAAACGUGCAAGUUUUUGUGCUUACUACCGGCCCAAAAAUGACAGUCUAAAAAUCUGUAAGCUGACCUUAGUCUUCGAACAGUCCUUAAAACGUUUCCCCUUUUUGAUGACCUUGAUAUUUGAUCGUAGAGAAAACAGAUUUGAUGUUCCUUUCAAGUUAUUUAUAAAUUAGUUUCUUCCAGUGUGUAGCCAUCAUGCGUAAUAUCUUUUCGCAUACAAAUCAAUAAUUUCCUACAUAACAAAUGCAAAUGGAGUGCUUUUUAGUAUUAACCGGUUAUAAGUUAGAGUUGUUUGAUCUUACCUGAUUUUUCAGCAAAUGAUGAAUAUCAGGGCUGUCGUUUCUCGUGCACAAAUGUGACCGCACAAACGUUUCAGGUAUCUGAGGAAACAAUUAUUUAUAUGUGGUUUUCAAUUUAGAAGGCUGACAAGUUGACAGAAUAAGUUGAACUGAGUCCUGCGGUUGAAUUUUACUGUAUUGAAAUUCUGAACAAUGAUUCAUUCGGAAAUAGAAAAAAAAAAUGCUUUUGAUCAUGAAUGUUUCUUAUUUACAUCACUAGCCUACAUUUUGGUUGUUCUGGAUUCAUACUUGACAAUCUUAGCCUACAUUUUGGUCACCAUUUGCAAAAUUCUGGCCCUCAUCCUUCCCGGCUGGCAGCUUGUUACGCCAACCAAAGACGAAGGAAAGAAACAGUUCUGUAAAGACCUAACUUUUCCUCCAAUUUUUUUAGAUCCAACUACAUUGUAAGAUGCAUCUCAAGAUCAGAGUGAUAUAUUUAUAUUCUAAUGACUAGCAAAAGAAAGGGAUAUUUAUAUAUUUAUGCGAUAGUAAGUGUUUUACAUCUUUGGUUCAUGCAUUGCAGUAUAAUGGCUCUCUUGUUCUCAUAUUUUCAUAAAUUCUUGCUUUUUUGGGUUGAUUUUCAAGCUUGCAACUUGGUUUCCUUAUUAUCAUGCAUCUGUCAGUCAACCUCUGUCAUAUAUUUACUUGAUCGAUUUUGCUUUCCAUGCGAUGUUAGUGUUUUAUGUGCACACAGGAUAGCCUUAUAUUACACAGGUCCAAAUGAGGCA